AUGACUAUCGUACCGGGUCCACUGCUGGUUGGUGCACAGAAACCAGCUAUCGGAGUGACGCAUUCACCCGAGCAUGAAGUGGGUUCAUUCGUGACCUGUCUGGUCGUGCAUGGCCGAAUUCUUACUCUCACAGGACAUGCCCAUCGUACUAGGUCCAGCUGUUGGUGCACAGAAACUGGCUGUUGAAGUGACAUAUAAUCUACCCGAGCAUGAGGACAUACCCGUCGGAGCAGAUCCACCGGUUGGUGCAACGCAACCAGCUGUCGAAGCGACGGAUCCACACGAGCACGAGGACAUGCCUGUCGUGGCAGAUCCACCAAUUGGUGCAAUGCAACUAUCUAUUGAAGCAACGCAUCCGCCCGAGCAUGAGGACGAUACCGUCGUACCAGAUCCAGACCUAUUGGCGGUUGCAGAGCAACCAGCUGUUGGUGUGAUGAAUCCACCCGGGCCUGAGGUGGGUUCAUCCAUGACCUGUCUCCUCGUGCAGGACCAAAGUCUUACUCUCUCAGGACAUGCCCGCCCUCGCAAAUCCACCGGUUGGUGCAACACAGCCAGCUAUUGAAGUGACGUCUCCACCCGAGGAUGAGGACAUGAACAUCGUACAGAUCCACUGGUUGAUGCAAUACAACCAGAUGUUAAAGCGACGCAUCCACCAGAGAAUGAGGUGGGCUCAUUUAUGAUUUGUCUCUUCGUGCGGGGCCGAACUCUUGCCCUCGC